AUGAUGGCCACUAGAAUCACGUUCACUAUCUAAAAAAUAUUCAGAGCAUGCAAAACCAACUGGUCUGUUUAUAACGCAAUUUUAAAAUCUGAAAACGAAAGUUAUUUAUUCCUUUCUUUUCCUGCAUAGCUUGAAGGUCAAAUGCAACCAGUCAACACCCACAAGGAAGUCUCUUACCUAUCUAGGAGUGGUGAAUUCUAAAUACACGAGACUGGGAGAAGGCGAAACUAGCGUUUUUCUUUGAAAGCCAGAGGAGCCAGCCCGACACGUCCAGAUUAUAAGUCAUAAACAAAUAAAUCGGUACCUCGAGACAGCUUUGUGAAAAAAAAAUCGAGACUGCGAAACGCACACAAAUGCAAAAAACGACACUGCGAGACCCCUGAAAUUUGACGAAAAUUUUGCGAGGUCCAUGGUUUUUGAGGGACAAUUCGCCAACCGUCUUUCUCUUAAGUGUCUAACAUCUUUAAUUAAUUCCUCGCGUAAUGGUUUAUUUGAUCACCCACAGUGUUUGGUUAGGAUAAUGGCUUCAAGCGUUCGCAAGACAAUAAUUCAUCCACGCUCCAAUAUAUUUUAUUUUUUUUCAGUACAGCAAUCCUACUGUCAAGGCUUAAAUGGCAUCCCUCCUAAGACAUUUUAGUCACCUCAGUCUUCUCUUUCAUUAUUUUAUUUAUUAAAUGACAUGAAUAAUUGAUCAUUUUCAGAGGUCGAACUGUCUAUCGAUUUGAUCAUCGCCCGAAUAUUGCUUUUUCCGCUUUAUCGAAGAGUACAACAACUUGUCUUUUCAAAGUUCGCCUCGAUGUUGUGGAAUAAGUGACCCGUAUCUGGCCUUUUAGACGCUUAGAAAAAUGCAAUGCUCUUCGCUGGUAGUAUUACUUUCACUGGGCUUGUUUACUAUUCACAAAGACCUAGCAUUUGCAGAGCAAGGUUCCUGUCGACGCCUUAAAUUCUCCUCACCAGUCGAUGGCUUUGCACUUGAAGGUCACGUGAUCAAAAAUAUCUCUUUAAGCGUGGGAAUGCGUAGCUCUUGCAUAGGGCGAUGUACGAUGGAACGCCACUGUAUGUCAAUCAACAUUGGUCCAACAAUAAAAGACCGCGUCUUGUGCCAAUUGAGUGAUUCUGAUCGCAUCCUACACCCUGACGAUCUCAGACUUAGAGAAGGGUUUACCUACAGAGGCACCGAGAACGAGUGCUCCAGUAACCCAUGCUUUCAUAACGCGACCUGCCUGAAUGGAUUUUUAGACAAGAGAUACAAAUGUUUGUGUCCAAUUGGUUAUACGGGAGGAAACUGCGAAAUAGAGUUAAACUGCAAGGAGCUCUACAACAAAAAUUUGAGUGAAGGUAAUAAAGCUUACCCGCUGAAGGUAGGAUCAGUUGCAAUCCCUAUCUACUGUCACAUGAAUGAUGACCUCGGAGCUUGUGAAGGUGGUGGAUGGACGCUGGUCAUGAAGAUUGACGGUAACAAGACUACCUUCCACUAUGAUUCUACCCUUUGGAGCAACAAGACCAACUACAAUCUUGCAGGAGGCAUGACUGGGUUUGACUUUCAAGAGACCAAGUUACCGACCUACUGGAACACACCCUUCUCCAAGAUCUGUCUUGGUAUGAAGAUCGGCCAACAGAUCAACUUCAUUGCCAUCAACAAGACCGCCAACUCCCUGUACUCAUUGAUCGCUGACGGGCGAUACCGCAACACCUCACUGGGUCGUGACACGUGGAAGAAGCUGAUUGGUUCAAAUGCCUCUUUGCAGACCAACUGUACGAAAGAAGGGUUCAAUGCUGAUAGUGAAUUUUCAAAGACAAGAAUUGGCAUCCUGGGUAACGAACAAGUUGACUGUGACAGUCCUGAUUCAAGAAUCGGGUUUGGCACAGGAGGAGAUCCUAGAGACGAUAACACGUGUGGAAACGAAGCAGAUGGUAGAUUCCUUCCAGAUAAUGGAAAAAAACACAUUGAGGCCAUGGGGUAUAUACUAGUGCAAUGAUAAGCACAACAGAAAUCUUCGAAGAAACAGCUUCAAAAACAUUAUAGACGCCUUUACGGUAAUGUUAAGAUAUUGCCUCAAGUUUUGGUAAAUUGGUAUGGAGAUCUAGCAUAGCAAAUCUUUUAAUUAGAACCAAAUACAAUGAUAAGAAAAACAUCAAAUCUUCGAAGAAACAGCUUCUAAAGCAUUACAUACAUCUUUAAAGUAAUAACAUAAUGCUUCAAGUUCUGGUAAAUUGGUGAGGAGAUCUGGUAUUGCAGAUACAUUAGUUAGAACUAAAUCUGGUCUUAGUGACGAGGCCGAACUAAAUCUGCAACUUUUAAGGCUCUUUUGAGAGUCGUGCUUUAGAGAGGUUAUUUAUCCAUCUAUGUAGCGAUUAUAUCUUUCACUUUGAUUAUAAUUGGUUUUAAUGGAGUGACUAAUAAAGCCACUACUGCUACUUCUAAAUCGACACAUAGGAUUUCGUUUUUGUUUUGAACGCGUUCAAUUUGCUUUUAAAUAUAACUGAAAUAAGGCUGAAGUAAGGUGCUCGAAGUUUUAUUUAAAUUGGCUGAGGUGGGUUCUAGUACUGCAUAUUCUUGAAAUAUAGCAAAAAGUAUGCGACUGGCCUGGCUACUGGUGUGGAGUUUACAUAAAGCAGAAAGAGGACAUUGUCUUAUCACCAUUCAUUUAAUGUUUUAUAACGUGUUGAUAGAUAUAUGAUAUACUGAGUAUUGACCCAGCUAUGUUUAACGAUAUCUAUAUCUGACGAUAAAGGAGCUGUUUUCCUUAAUGUGCGUGAUGAGUUUUGUUUCAUAGCCAGAAAUUGAAAAGAUCAAACCAGAUUUGCGUAACUGCCACUGUAUAUAUCGAUAAAUGAUAGGAAGAGCCUUGCUCUUUAUCACAAUAAUAAAAGUCACGCAACGACCUACCACUUAUUUUUGUAGAUGCAAGCAGUUUGCCUGCUUCUGUUGUUAACUUGUUGUUUCGAUAUUCUAUAGUUCAUUUACAUAUUUGUACACUAAAAUUAAAUUUUAAAAAUCUCUUGAAGCCUCCUGUUGUAGCAUCCCAAUUCUAAUCUUUUUUAUUUUGUAGUUGGAAUGUUCUUUUAGUGUCCACAGAUAGCUAAUAUCUAGCUAAACACACUGACACUUGAAUAAAGUUCAUUCAUUCAUUCAUUUCAUUUGCUUUCAACUUUUGAUUUUUGGCAUUCAGAGAUGACA